CCGCAGGCCGAGUUCGCGUUCUUAUCGGCUUGUCAUACUGCUGUAGGCGAUGAGGAGAUGCCCGACGAAGUGAUCCACCUAGCAACUGGUAUUCAGUUUUCAGGGUUCAAGAACGUCGUUGGCACGCUGUGGGAGGUCGACGAUGCUGUCGCGAAACACGUCGUCGAAGUUUUUUACGAGUAUAUGUUUGGAGAUCUGAAGAACUCAAGGCUGUGUCGUGGACUGUACGAGGGUAGCCUG